GCCCUCAGCAUGGGUCUGAGGCUUCCUGCCCCCCCGUCGUCUGCCCCUCUGUCCUUCCACGCUCGCUGCAGUCUGCAGGGCCGGCCUCCCCCCAGUCCUGGACCGUGGUUCCCGCUGCCCAGUCCCUCGGCGCCUGCCUCCGCCCGGAUCACAGUCUCUCCCAGCCCUCCCUCUGUCUCCCUGGGAUGCGGCCGCCAGCCCGGCCCUCGGCUCCCCCGUGAGCUCUGCUGGAGUCCUGUCUCGGGCAGCACGGAUCGGGGUGCCUCUCUGCCCCCACGGCCUGCAGAAGAGGAAACUGAGGCUGCGCCGGCCUGCGCCGGGACUGGACUGCGCAUGAGCACACCCACCCCCGCAGUCCGUCCGGACCUGGUUCUGCGUCGAGGCUCCACGGAAAGCGCAUAACCUCUUAGACACCCGCCUUUGUCACC